CAGAGGCAGACGGAUGCCUACAAACUGGAUUCUCCUUGAACCCACUACGUCGCCCUGCUGAACCUAUCGCACGAUGGCAGCUGGAUCCACGCUCCCCGUUCUGAUCUCUGGUGCAGGUCUCGCUUCCCUCCUCUUUGCUCAAUCUCUACGACGGUCCAAGAUCCCUUUCGUGAUCUUUGAACGUGACAAAUCCGUGUCCUUCAGGGGACAAGGCUACAGAUUGAGACUUUCAAGCGAAGGUCUUCAAGCCGUCAAGGAUGUGGUUGGACCUGAGGAGUACGAACGAUUCUACGAGAUCUGCGGCAAGACGUCUGGAGGAGGAAUGCAAAAGUACAAUGCGGUGACUGGAGAACGCAUGGACGAUGAUGCCGAACAGCGGAUAGCCCCCGGUACGGCACAAACCAUUGGGAUAGCUCGUGGUGACCUCAGAAAGUUUUUAAUGGAAGGAUGUGAAGAUGACAUCCAAUGGGGCAAGACGGUCAAAUCAUACGAGCUGGUGGAAGAUGGCGUCUUUGCCGUCUUCGCCGAUGGAGAAAAGUCUACCAAGGGAUCCUUGCUCGUUGCUGGAGAUGGAAUCUCAUCGACCAUCGCCAAGCAAGUCUCCGAUGGCCGACUCAAAGUAUUCGAUACAGGUGCCAGAGGAAUACACGGACAGGCUCCGACGACUGCGUUUAAAGAUAUCGGAGAAGGCGUAUUCUCUUUCACUGAUAAAAGAGCAGACAACCAUACGAUGAGCUGCAUUACGAAUGUCAGAUCGGGUGAUAAGGAUGAUCCGACCAAAGAAUUCGGAUUCACCAUCAUCGCCUCUCCUGGUCUCAUCAAAGCUCCAGGUGAUAAUUACUCAUUGGUCGGCGAACCCGCAGCGAGGCUCGCACAGGAUCUCACCUCAAAUUGGAACAAAAGGUUCAAACCUAUUUUCGAUCAGAUCAACGUCGACCAAGCUGCGUUCUGGAAGAUUACAUGUUCCACCGAGACCGGUGUACCUGAAUGGGACAAUGUUCCUCGAGUCACAGUCAUUGGAGAUGCCGCUCAUUCCGUCACGCCGGCCGGAGGACUAGGAGCAAACACAGCCAUGCAGGACUCAGCCUUAUUAGGCAAACUCUUGGCUCAGAAUGGAGGCUAUGCGGACGGUAUCACUGCAGAGUAUGAGAAGGAGAUGAGGAAGUAUGCCAGCGAAGUCGUGAAGAAGAGCUAUGGACUAGCAAACGAGUCUUUGGGUGUGGGUCCACUGAAGAACGAGUUGUAGAAAGCUAGAAUCGUGUAUCAAGCAU